ACGUGACUCCUGUCGUCAUGUGAUGUGUCUUUGAACUCUGUCAGCUGACAUCACGGCUUCAGUUCUGCUGCUGCAAGACGACAGAAGGUAACGUGAGGAUGUCUGUAAGUGUCCAGCCUCUCCAGUGCACCACUGACUGCAAGGACCAGAAUUUUGAUGGCAUAAUCUUGAUAUGCCAAAGUUAUGAGCAGCUUCCUGACGAGCUGGAGUGUUUGAAAGCACCAUUACAGGACUACAGCGCAGUGGAUUGUUGCGCUGGUGAAGAGGUCGUGGUGGUCAAGGUUCCUGGUCUCUCUGGAAACAGACUUGUGUUUGCCUGCACCGGUCCGGUGAAUCGGGACUAUGAUGAUGUCCGGCGCUUCAGUGAUGCUGCUGCUAAUGGCAUUAAGAGGGCUCUGAAAGCUGGCAUGCAGCGCCCUCUGCUGGUUUGUCCUCCUCACAGUAGUUAUGCAAAGAGCACCUUGGUGGCUGUUCUAGGAGCCCUGCAUGUUCUCUACUCGCCUUUAGAGGUGAGGGAGCACAAGUUUUCCCCUCAUAAGGUGGCAGUGCUGGGCGUCUGGGCGAAGAACCGGACGCAGGGAGAAGCCAUUACUGAGCUGGCCACUGCUCUGGAGAGCGGCAGGUUUGUCUAUCGUGACAUCGGUGGCUCUGACCCGGAGCGGAUGGCUGCACCUCGUGUAGCUGAGUAUGUGCAAGCGGUUUUCAAGGAUACGCCUGUAACGGUGACGGUAGUGAGUCAUUUGAAUACUCUGGAGAAGGAGUAUCCCUGUUUGGCUGCAGUCAACCGCUGUGCUAACACCGUGCCGCGCCACCAGGCCCGAGUGAUCAAGCUGCUCUACUGCGGGGAAGGACCCAUUCAGCAGACCCUGAUGCUUGUUGGCAAGGGCAUCACGUAUGACACCGGUGGAGCUGACAUCAAGGCCGGAGGAAUCAUGGCUGGAAUGCACAGAGAUAAAUGUGGAUCUGCGGCGGUUGCUGGCUUCUUCCAGAUCUUAGCCAAGCUGAAGCCCAAACACCUGAAGGUUGUGGGUGCAAUGGCAAUGGUGCGAAACAGUGUCGGAUCUGAUUGCUAUGUAGCGGACGAGUUAGUAGUGUCUCGUGCUUGUCGUAGAAUCCGAGUUGGAAACACUGAUGCUGAAGGAAGAAUGGUCAUGGUGGACUUGCUGUGUGAGAUGAAGGAGCAGGCAUUGCAGGAAGUGUCUCCUCAUCUCUUCACUAUAGCCACUUUGACAGGACAUGCUGUCAGAGCCAUGGGACCACAUUACUCUAUCAUAAUGGAUAACGGUGCUGCUCACCACUCAGGAAACGCUUUGCAGUGGCAGAAAGCGGGAGAGGUGCUGGGAGAUCUGUUCGAGGUGUCCACCAUACGUCGGGAGGAUUACGAGUUCCACAGAGGGAAGUCUGAGUAUGAGGAAAUCCUGCAGUCCAAUAACCUGCCCUCAUCCGCCACACCACGUGGACACCAGACACCCGCUGCCUUCCUCAUCAUGGCUUCUGGACUGGAUAAGCAUGGAAUGGACUCGGACAAACCUCUGCCUUACUCCCACAUCGACAUUGCUGGAUCCAGUGGCCCUUUCCCUGGUGUCCCAACAGGCGCCCCAAUUCUUGCCAUGGCGACAAAGUACCUGGAGCUUUAAAUACACGUCCAAUGAUUUUUCUGAUCUUUCAUAAUUUCAGUUAUUUCCGUCUAGUGCCAUUUAUCUGUUAAUGGCUUUCAUAUCUGCUCCAUCUGACACUGU